GUCACCGGUGACGUCUCUCUCACUUCUUCAUUGACCCACCGGCUCCUUUGAUGUCAUGUUUAACGUCGCGCACCAGGCUCGGAAAUAUGUCCCCGUGCGCUCCUCGGUCACGGACGACUCUCCGUUAACCGUGCGGGUUCUGGGUGUCAACAGAUCCCCGGGCGCAACGAGCGAGGCACCGGAGGCCACUUGGCCGCCGCCCGGUGCCAAGCUGCGGAGCUCCAAGACCAGCAGGCGGGCGGCGAUCAUGAAAGCGGUGCGCACGCGCUUGUCUCCCCCACCGGGCGCUUCGGAGGCGGCGAGGAGCGAGAGAGGCCGCGGGGACGACACGAAAACACCGGAGAGUUCACCGAGAAGCGGGGCGGACGGUCACAGCGGGGGGCCACCGAGAACCAGGAAAAGGGGGUUCAGAGCCCCCGACGUGAGGACCAUCUUCUCCCCCGGAGAGAAGGACCCCAGGGUGAGACAGGAGUCCGGGGAGGGACACACCUUCGUGGCCGGAGGCGAGGACACCUGGUGUGACGUGUGCUGCAAGUACGUCUUCCAGCGAGGCGUCACCUGUGCAGGUUGUAAGUACACGUGUCACGCUGCCUGUCGGGACCGAGUGUCACUGGACUGUCAUCCCGCGGCGUCACCCGCCACUCAGGACCAGAUCAACAACAACAACACGCCGCCACACUACCGCAGCUGA